AUGCUUGAUACGAAGUCAUUGGAAAUCAUUUCUCAAUUCAAAGAUGCUUUGAUUUCCAGAAAUGAAGUAACAAUAUCACCACUAAAGCGAAAUGAAAACAUCAAAGAUUUAAAAUCAGUAGUGGAAGAUUCAUUACCAAGUUAUAAUAGAGGAUUAAAAUUAACUAAUCAAUUACCAAACUUGGACUCAUUAAGUAAGAAAACUAUAGAAUAUGAUGGAGAUAAAUAUGAUGUACUUACAAACGAUUUAAUAGAAAAGAAUAAUUUAAGAAUUAAAAGAAAAUGGAAAGAUUUUUAUCAAGAUCCUAAACGAAAUAGUAUAGAAUUAGAAAAUCAAAUAGAAGAAGAUAUAAUAGAUUGGUCUGAUGAUGAAAUUUCAGAUGAUGAAUCAAAUAAUAAUAAAAAAAUACAUCCAUUAAAGCAAUCUAAAAUAAUAGAAUUAUUAUCACCAUUAAAUCAUCCAUCUGAAUUAAUAACUCAUCCAGCAAUUUCAAAAACUUAUCAACUGGAAAUAUUAAAUAAAUUAUCAAUGGAAUUAAUUGAUUUAAUUGAAUUUGAACAGAAUAAUUUAAAUUGGUUAAAUAAGUUAUUACAAGUAUUGAAUGGAGAAGAUUGGUUUUAUUUAUUAGAAGAAAAUUUAGGAUUAAAAGAAUAUGAUCAUGGAUUAGAUGAGAAUAGGAAGAAGAAAAGGAAAAUUGAUGUAAUAACAGGGGUCGCAGAUGCCGAGGAGCAAGUAGAAAUAGAUAAACAAGAGGAAAUAGAAAAGAAAGGGGAAACGGAAGUAUCCAAUGAAACGAAUAAUACAAGUACGAAUAAUUCAAGUACUAGAUUUGAUGCUAACUCAAAUGAGAAGAAUGAGUUGGAAAAUGGAGUUACUGAGUCAAAUAGGGAUAGUCCUGCUACAAAUAUCAUAACGAAAGAAGUCGUACUAAAUAACACUGAAAAUGGUACUAAGAAAAUAGCUAAAUCUGAAUUACCUGAAGCAAGUAACCCUUUAAGCGAGUAUGAAGAUGAAGAGGAAAAUGAAGCUGAUCCAUUUUUUGCAUUACCAACUGCUAUAAAACGUUAUGAAACAUUUCAAGAACUGUUGGAUGCAAAAGAUGAAACUGGUGUAAAAGAAGAAUUGAUAAAUUAUUUACAAGUUAGUAUACAGAGACAACAUGAAUAUAUUGAAAAUUUAACACAUUUAAGAAAUGGAUUAGUUAGAGCUGAUCGAUUGAAAAAUGAUUUAUUGAAAUGGGGUAAAGAAAUGCAUGAUAAAAAGACUUAG